GCAUAAUACUAGCGGGAAGAUGGAAUUCCUCAGCUUCGACGUGAAGAAUCACACUCUUGAGUUGCGGAAGGCGGAUGUGCCGAAUCCAGGGCCGAACGAUGUUCGAAUCAGAGUUGCUUAUUCGGGCAUCUGCGGGACCGACCUUCAUAUAUUGGAAGGAUCGUUUCCAUGCAAGAAAGAUGGCUUUCUCACUCUUGGCCACGAAUUUGCAGGCACGGUGGACGCGAUUGGUUCCUCAGUGAAGAACUUCAAAGUCGGGCAAAGAGUGGCUGUUGAUCCUAACAGUGGAUGUAAUACGUGCAACUACUGUCACGAUGGUUCUUAUCAGCACUGUAGCGCCGGUGGCAUAAACAGCACAAUAGGGAUUUAUAAAGACGGUGGAUUCUCCACUCACGCUAUCGUACCCGAAAGUCAGGUGUAUUUAAUACCAGAUGACGUCGAAUUACAUCAAGCCGUCCUCGUUGAGCCUUUGUCGUGUUUAGCUCAUGGAUGGAAGAAACUUAAUAGCGUCAACGUUGGUAGCAACGUGCUCGUAAUUGGCGCCGGAAUCAUUGGUCUUUUGUGGGCUUGCAUGUUACAUUUGCAUGGGCUUAGAAAAUCCGUGACGAUCAGCGAGCCCCAGGAAAAACGGCGGAAACUGGUGACGAAACUUGAUCUGGAUUUCGAGGCAAAGACUCCAGAACAAUUAAAGAAUUCGUAUGACGUGGUCGUGGAUUGUAGUGGUUCCGCACCCGCUAUAGAAGCAAGUAUUCCUUUAUUAGCACCAGGUGGUCGUUUAUGUAUAUUCGGAGUUGCCAAUCCCAAAGCUAAAUUCAGCAUCGAACCAUUCCAGGUAUAUUUAAAGGAAUUGACGAUAUUAGGUGUAAACAUAAAUCCUUUCUCAUUCCCCAGAGGAUUGGGUUUAUUACGUGCAAUGGCUGAUAGAUAUCUGAAUUAUGAUAAGUUAGGUAUUAAAGUAUUCUCGUUGUCGCAAUAUCGUGAAGCUUUGGAAGCUCUGAAACGAGGCGAAAUCAGUAAAGCAGUCUUCAAAUUGUAAAAAGGAAAAUUAAAUAUGAAAUUAAAUAAUAAAAUAAACAUUUUUUAACAAUAA